GGUGUUGUGGCCGGUUGUUUAAUCAACCACUACUGCCCGAAGUGCAGUAUGAAAAGAAGCCAUGUUCAACUGUACGUUAAUAUGUCUUAUGACCAUUUGGACAUCGCAAAUACACGAAGAUGGGGUGUAAGGCAACGUUAAGAGAGCUGUUUUCUUUUAAGACCUCGGUAGUGUUUUGGUUGGUGCCGAUCGCAGCCUGCCCCCUGCCGAUCACCUAUGCGUGGACAGAAUUUUACAUGCCAGCAGCAUGUGCCUACGUCAUCAUCAUCAUGGCGGCUUACUGGAUGUUCGAAGUGGUGCCAUUGGCCGUGACGGCACUCCUUCCCAUGAUCCUCUUCCCGGUGAUGGGCAUCCAGCCAUCAUCAGAAGUCUGUCUGAACUACUUGAAGGACAACUCGGUUCUGCUGCUGGGAGGCCUGCUGGUGGCUAUCGCGGUGGAAAAGUGUAACCUGCACUCCAGGAUCGCGCUCAGGAUCCUGCUGCUGGUCGGGUCCGAACUGCAGUGGGUGAUGUUUGGGUUCAUGGCCGCCACAGGUUUGCUGUCGAUGUGGAUCAGUAACACGGCGGCCGCCGCCAUGAUGACGCCCAUCGGCCAGGCCGUGCUGGACCAGCUCUUCAGCGAAGAGAGACGGCGGCUUCAGGAGGAGACUGAGGACGAGUGUUCUCCGUUAAUAAUCGCCGACGAAGAUAUAGAAAACAAUCAUCAUAUUGUUCCAAGUCCAACAUUGGAGAAUGAACACCAGUCGAAUACCUAUGGGUCGGUUAUGGAGGUGACUGUUCAACCUCAGGACGAAUCUCACUUGUCGGUAGAUCUUCAAAUGGAUGACAAAUCUGUUGGGACGGAGAAUGAGACAGUCCGCCAACUGAAGAUGAGGAAGGCCAUGUUGCUGUGUGUUGCGUACGCCGCUAACAUCGGCGGCAUCGCCACGCUUCCGGGGACUCCUACAAACAUCAUCGUCGCUGAGCAGGUGCAAAUCGCGUUUCCCGACAGCCCCGGGAUUGACUUCGCGACGUGGUUCUUCUUCGGGUUCCCGGUCUCCGUCCUCUGUCUGUUUCUCGCCUGGUCAUGGCUCAUCGUCAUCUUUUUAGGAUGCAGAGUCUGGUGCCAGGCAAAGAAAAGCCACAGCGCUCAGGGAGUCAUCCGGAAAGCUUAUAACGAUCUUGGAAACAUGACGUUUGCGGAGAAAGCCGUCCUGUUCCAUUUCAUCUUGCUCGUCCUUCUCUGGUUCUUCCGAGACCUCAGCUUCGUGAAGCUUGAGAACGGCAGGGUGGCGGGGUGGACAUACUUCUUUAGAAAAAAGUACGCCCCAGAAAAAAUCAUAUACGUGACCGACAGUACACCGGCAGUUAUGGUGUCCUUCGCGCUGUUUUUCUUUCCAUCCAAACCACCGAGGUUCCUGUGCUGCAAGCGAGAAUCAGACAAAGCCAGCCCCGGACCCGUACCAGCUUUACUAGACUGGCGGUCUGUGCACGAAAAAAUGCCGUGGAACGUUCUACUUUUGCUUGGGGGUGGUUUCGCACUUGCCGACGGGGUUGGGGUAUCAGGCUUGUCUACCUGGCUGGCGGAACAGUUCACUCGGCUGGAGGGGGUGCCAGGUUGGGCCAUCUGUGUGCUGGUCUGCGUCUUCAUUGCUCUGUUCACGGAGGUGGCGAGUAACACGGCUUCCGCCAGUAUAUUCCUCCCUAUCCUGGCAAAAAUGGCCGAAGCACUCUGUGUGAACCCGUACUUCCUGAUGGUCCCAGCAGGCAUUGCGGCCUCCUUCGCCUUCAUGUUGCCCGUGGCAACGCCGCCAAACGCCAUCGUCUUUGGCUACGGGAAACUGACGGUCCCGGACAUGGCCAAAGCAGGCCUGGCCAUGAACAUCUCGUGUCUGUUGGUGCUGCUGGUCUUCAUCAACACCCUAGGCAUCCCUGUCUACGGCGUCCACUCGUUCCCGGAGUGGGUCCCGAGCUGGCCCGUCUGUAACGCCAGUAACAUCACCGUGCCAAACGCUACAACCGCAACAACGGUCACUUUCUGAGCUACCUGUUCGGCAUCUUUACUACUGUCACAAUAUUAAAAUAUAUCAGUUGCAUUUGCCUCUUUGUUCUUGGAAAAUAUUAACCACGGAAUUAAUAAAACACUACAACACCAGCACAUUCUGGACAGAGUUUUAUUGUGGCCUGUACAGUUGGAUACAAGGUAGGACAAAAACACCUGGCAACACUAAAAAAGAAAUCUAACAAAAUUGUACCUUAAAACGCAGUCCAAAUGAAAUGGCAUUACAUAACUGUCAACAUGAUUUUUAAUGUUACAUGUAUGAAGAAAACAUAAUCACACGAGGCUAUAUGUUGGGAUGU